UCCCAUAUAAAAAAAGGGUGUGUCCAAAUGGCCAGGAACUUGCCACGUGGCAGUAGUAGAACCCUGGAGAUGGUUGGUCUUCAUCAUCAUCCUAAAGCUCCAAGCAAAUUCUUUCUUGUCGCAUCGUAUUCUCAAUUCAACAUGGGCCAAAAUCCACAAGAGGGCGUAACGGAUCAAGUGAGGAAGGAAGUUAUUGAGGAGAAACCAUCAAAAUCUGUUUCGGCAGAUAUACUCCCUCGUAUUCUCAAUUUAUACGCAUCCCGUGCAACGCCUAAAGAUUUUGAAAUUUAUGCACCUAAUGCAACCUUCGAAGACCCCCUUAUGCGAGCACACGGGGUCAAGCAGAUUAAAUCAGCAUUCUACUCUCUUUCCAAGAUCUUCAGUGAGUCGAGAAUUGUGGACUACACUAUCACAGAGAAGGAGACUUCACCCGGAAAGACAGAGAUACUAAUAGACAACAACCAGUAUUACAAGUUCUUGGGUAGAGACAUAAAUAUGAUAUCCCUCAUCAAGCUGGACACAGAGGAUGGCAAAGUUGUUGCUCAUCAAGAUCGGUGGGACAAGAAGCCAUUGUGGGACCGAGAGACGGUUAAGGCACCGCUCGUGGGCCAUGUCAUCGAGGCGACACGACGAGCGUCCAUGCUGGCAACUCAUGCUCUAAUGAGGUUCGGGAAAGAUCCAUGAUCUACCUAAUUUAACUAAGCAUACACUUGGGAUUCUCUGUUUCUGAGCAAUUCUGCUGCAUUGAUACACCACCUAGAAUUGAUGAUAAAUACAUAAUCUUGUGAAAUUUUCUUCUCUCAAAAAGCUAAAAGUAUUCUGUAUGAUAUUUGAUGAUAUUUGCUCAGUUUCACUGCUAGAGACAGUGUAAAGUGUGGAGUAGUUUUUUUAAA